CAUCCUCACUCAGCCAUCAAGCAUUCAAUUCAAAUUCAGAACCUGAAACAAGCCCUCCCUACAUAGUUCUUGAGAAAUCUUCACCUGUGAAAUCCUCCCAAGAUCAACAAUGGCGUUCAAAGUGAUGAUGCUGGGUCUGGCUGUGGUUGUCGUGGCCAGUGCUCUAUGGACUCAAACUGCUGCACAAUCAGGCUGCACUAGUGCACUCACAAGCAUGAGCCCCUGCCUUAACUACAUAACGGGAAGUUCAUCAACCCCAUCGUCUACAUGUUGCUCGCAGCUCUCCAGUGUGGUUCAAUCCUCACCUCAGUGCCUCUGCUCUGUCCUUAAUGGCGGCGGUUCCUCUUUGGGACUCACCAUUAAUCAAACUCUUGCUCUGUCUCUACCUGGUGCUUGCAAAGUCCAAACUCCACCCGUCAGUCAAUGCAAAGCAGCUGGUAAUGCACCGACCAGUCCUUCAAAUUCUCCAGCGGGCUCUCCAGUUGGUUCUCCUGAAGGCUCCAUCGUACCUUCGGCCUCAGACGUUCCUAAUUCAGGCACUGGCUCUAAGACAGUACCUACAGUAGAAGGUGGCUUUUCAGAUGGAAGCAACGUGAAAAUUUCCUUCCACUCAAUCCUCUCGCUCCUUCUUAUUGCGUCCUUCGUCUCCGGUCUCGUUCAUUGAGAUUUAUCGGUCUCCAGAGAUUUUACUAUUUGCGUGCUGCUGUUUUAAAGUCUAUUGUUUGUUGGCAUAGGAGAUUGAUGUUUGGUUGUAAUAAUGAGUUUGGUUGUGUAUUUGUAGUAUUCAAUUGAAGAAUGAUAUGACUCAUAUUAUAUGUGUACUAAGCGUGA